GCGCCAUCUCCUCCCAGUACGUCCUCCUCCCUCCCGGCAGUAUGGCCGCCGUCUUGUAGCCCGCCGGCUCUUGGGAAGCCGCUAUCACGCUGUAGGAUUAAUGCUUUCUCGCCGGAAACAUGUCGGCAGUGCUUUUUUUGAAGACGUCUCUGCGCAGACUGCCGCCCAGCGCCGCCAGGCAGCUCUUGGGCCGCUGCUCGUAUCACACCGAGAGAGGAGUUUACGGGUACCGACCGAAGCAGCUCGGCGGGGAGCACGACAAGGCGCAGAGGGACCGCGUCGCUGCUCUGAACCAAGAUCACAGUCUGGCCCGGCUGGUGGAGGCAUACAGAACACAUGGACACAAGGCUGCUAAAAUUAACCCCUUACUUCCUCAGCAGCCCGUCUUGGACAGCGUCCCGGAGAUAGACAUGCUGGCUGGCUCUGUCAGGGGAACACUCAACACCUCAGGCCUGCGUCACUUCGGCAAGUCUCAGGCCUCGGUGGAAGAGGUUCAGACCUACCUGGAGCAGGUCUACUGCGGUCACCUGUCGGUGGAGACCGGCCAGCUGAGCAGUCUGGAGGAGAGGGAGUGGUUCGCUGACCGCUUCGAGGAGCUCAAGAGAGACAGCCUGUCUCCCGAGGAGAAGAAGCGUCUGGCUAAGCUCAUGCUGGAGUCCCAGGAGUUUGAUCACUUCCUGGCCACUAAGUUCGCUACUGUGAAGCGCUACGGAGGAGAGGGAGCAGAGAGCAUGAUGGGAUUUUUCCACGAGCUCUUCCGCCGGUCGGCCCACAGCGGCGUCACAGACAUCGUCAUCGGGAUGCCUCACAGAGGCCGACUGAACCUCCUGACGGGCCUGCUGAAGUUCCCACCAGAGCUUAUGUUCCGCAAGAUGCGCGGACUCAGCGAGUUCCCCGACACCUCCCCUGCUAUCGGCGACGUCCUCUCUCAUCUCACCUCCUCGGUGGAGCUGGAUUUGGGAGCAGGGCACCCUCUCCACGUCACGAUGCUGCCCAACCCGUCUCACCUGGAGGCCAUCAACCCCGUGGCCCAGGGCAAAACCAGAGCAAGGCAGCAGCUGAGGAGGGAGGGGGACUAUUCCCCCGAGGAGAACGCCUACCCCGGGGACCAGGUCGUCUGCCUCCAGGUUCACGGUGACGGGUCUUUUACCGGUCAGGGGAUCGUUCCAGAAACGUUGACUCUUUCCAACCUACCUCACUACAGAGUGGGUGGCAGCAUCCACCUGAUCGUGAACAACCAAGUGGGUUACACCACUCCAUCAGACAGGGGAAGAUCCUCCCUGUACUGCAGCGAUGUUGGUAAGAUGGUGAACUGUGCCGUGAUCCACGUCAACGGCGACGACGCGGAGGACGUUCUGCGAGCCGCUCGGCUGGCGGUGGACUACCAGCGGCAGUUCAGGAAAGACAUCAUCCUGGACCUGAUCUGCUACCGUCAGUGGGGCCACAACGAGCUGGACGAGCCUUUCUUCACCAACCCGGCCAUGUACAAGAUCAUCAGGUCCCGUCAGAGCGUCCCCGACUCCUACUCAGACCAGCUCAUAUCCCAGGGUCUGAUGACGGAGGCCGAGCGCGCAGAAAUCAAGACUAGCUACUACGGCAUGCUCAACGAGAAGCUGUCCGGCAUGACCCUGUACAGCCCCCCGCCCACCAACCUGCAGGGCCGCUGGGGGGAUCUGGUGGAGCCCCAGGCCAGAGUCACCACCUGGGACACGGGCGUCCCCGCUCAGCUGCUGCAGUUCAUCGGGGCGAAGUCCGUGGACAUCCCUGAGCAAAUCUGCUUGCACAGCCACCUCCUAAAAACCCACGUACAGGCUCGGUUGCAGAAGUUGGAGGAAGGUUCCAAGCUGGACUGGUCGACAGCAGAGGCCCUGGCCUUUGGCUCCUUGCUCUGCCAGGGCUUUAACAUUCGAAUAAGCGGACAGGACGUCGGCAGAGGCACGUUCAGCCAGCGACACGCCAUGGUGGUGUGUCAGGAGACCAACGACACGUACGUCCCCCUGAACCACAUCAGCCCCCAGCAGACAGGAUUCCUCGAGGUGUGCAACAGCCCGCUGUCCGAGGAGGCGGUGCUCGGGUUCGAGUAUGGCAUGAGCAUCGCUCAGCCCAAGCUGCUGCCCAUCUGGGAGGCUCAGUUCGGCGAUUUCUUCAACGGAGCUCAGAUCAUCUUCGAUACUUUCAUCUCAGGAGGUGAAGCUAAGUGGCUGCUCCAGUGUGGGAUGGUGAUCCUGCUGCCUCAUGGUUACGAUGGAGCCGGACCAGAGCACUCGUCCUGCCGUAUGGAGCGCUUCCUCCAGAUGUGCGACAGUAAAGAAGAGGGUGUGGAUGGCGACAACGUCAACAUGGCGGUGGUCAACCCCACCACUGCCGGCCAGUACUUCCACCUCCUCAGGCGACAGAUGAUCCGAAACUUCCGCAAACCUCUCAUUGUGGUCGGACCCAAGACGCUGCUCAGGUUUUCUGGAGCGGCGUCCAGUCUGAGUGACCUGGCACCAGGAACGUCCUUCAGGCCAGUGUUGGGAGAUACUUCUGUCCCUGCAGAAAGCGUCCAGAAGGUGGUGCUGUGCUCCGGGAAGCAUUACUACGCUCUGCUGAAACAGAGGGAGACGUCAGCAGCCAACCAGAACACAGCGCUCAUCCGUGUGGAGGAGCUGUGUCCGUUUCCUCUUGAUGCUCUUCAGCAGGAGCUCAGGAAGUACCCCAAUGCCAAAGAGUUUGUUUGGAGUCAGGAGGAACCUCAAAACAUGGGUCCCUGGUCCUUUGUUGCCCCCAGGUUUGAAAAGCAGCUGGCCUGCAAGCUCCGGUUAGCGAGUCGCCCGGCGCUUCCCGCCCCUGCUGUCGGCAUCGGGACCCUUCAUCACCAGCAGCAGGAGGCCAUCCUGGAAGCCACGUUCUCCUGAGACCCAGCAGGGCUGUGAACCAAACCGGGCAGAACGCAGGCAGCGGUACUACGCUGUGUUUGGGUCUGCUGCAGGGCAGAGACAGGGAGACAUUACUGCCAUGUGCUCGCAGUCUACAGGGUCAGAAUAAAAUCAAUGUGUUCAGGAGAAUGAGGUUCUUAAAUUCACUUGUUCUCGCCUAGUUAAGCAUGUUGAGUUUAGAGUUUCUUUUGGGUCUUAAGGUUUUUUUGUUUAAUUUUCAGUUGUGCGAUACGGCGGUUUUCUGCGGUUAGAAGUUAGAAGCAUCUGAAUCAAGGCCUUAGAUAUCACGUUUACAUGAUGAUUGUAGGAACGAUGCAGCCGACCCUUCUGGUUUUACUCUAAUUGCAUUAAUGAUUCAGUUACCUCUCAUGCACAAAGGCUGCACACGUGUUCAUUAUUGUACUUUGAAAAGCAUAAAAUACCGGUUUACAUUGUUUGGCAUACUUAAGCAUUAAUCUGAAGUGUGGUGUAGCACAGAAUCAACAUAACUCUGAAAGAGAUGAGGCAUUUUUCCUGAGUCAAUAGAGAAAACUGUCACAGUUGUUAAUUCUGUAUGUAGAACAUUUUACAUUUGAUCAAGCGAUCUAUUGCAACGAAGGAUCUGAAAUUGUUUUAUCCUUGUUAAAACUGAGGCUGUAAUUUAAGGAAAAUACUGACAUUAUGAACAGCUAAUGUAAAUACAGCAGAACUGUUUUCGAAUAAAUCUAUUUUCCUGGUU